GGGGUGAGGUGGUCCCUGGAUUCCUGAUAAGGAAGAGGUGUUGCAACAGAAGCUGGAGGGGGCAGUUAAAGGGACUUGGGCUCUGACCUGGGGCCAGAGAACUCUGGGAGGAGAGGCUGAGAGAAAAGACCCAGUCAGGAGUGAAGUAGAGAGAUGGUGUCCACAGACAUGGAGACUGCAGACGUCGGUGAGGGGGCCCUUAAGUCCCCACAGCCCACCCACAUUGAUGUGCACAUCCACCGAGAGUCUGCUCUGGCCAAACUCCUGCUGACCGGAUGCUCAAUGUUACGGCUCCCAGAAUCUGCCUCGACCAGGAGUCUGGGCAGCAGCAGGCUGCUGGUGGCCUCCUGGGUGGUGCAGAUUGUGCUGGGGGUUCUGAGUGUGGUUCUGGGUGGAACCCUCUACAUCUGCCAGUAUUUAACCAUGAAUACCUCAGGUGCCCCCUUCUGGACUGGGAUUGUGGCUAUGCUGGCUGGAUCUGUUGCCUUCCUUCACAUGAAACGGGGAGGUACCUGCUGGGCCAUGUUGAGGACCCUUCUAGUACUGGUGAAUUUCUGCAUGGCUGUGGCUGCCAUUGUUCUUGGAGCUCGUGAGUUCAAUGUUUACCGAUACUAUCUCAGAGAUGAUGUCUGUGUAAGCUACUCUUCAAAUCACUGGCCCACCAAGCCCCCCAACACCCCAGGCCCUGAAGAAGCUGAUAGGAUAGGCCUGUGCAUAUUCUACACAAGCAUGCUAAAGAAAACAGACGAGAAGAAACUUCUGGGUGCAAAUGUGAUUUAGCCUCUCCCUUGCUCUGGGUGUCCCUCCUUCCCAAGCCUGAAAGAAGAGUCAACAGGAGCAAACAGACCCUACCCCACUGCCUGGCUCCACCCAGCAUCAUGGCCGCUCACAGCAGUACUUGCUUAUUUUCCUUUACCUUCACCGUCCCAUGUUCCUUCUCAGGUAGUGACUUGAUAAUAAAGUCUCAUGUCAUUGCUAGCA